AUGAGUUUUCUUUGUUCGCAGUUCUGCUUUGUUUUCCUGCUGGUAGCAGCCGCAGCUGCCAGCGAGAAGAAGACGACAGAAAAAAAAGCGGAGCCAUUGGACAAAAAGUUGGACAAACGUGGCCUCUUGAACCUCGGCUAUGGAUACGGCAUUCAAGGGUUAGACAUCGGCUACCUCGGCAGUGGCCACGGACUCGGCGGAGCAUACAACUUCGUUGAUGACCACGCCUACAGCGGCUACGGCUCCAUCGAUCUCGGACACCACUCCGACACCACGAGGACCAUCACCCUCGUCAAAGGUGUUCCAUACGCCGUGCCCGUCGAGAAACACAUCCCAUACCCCGUGGAGAAGCCCGUGCCUUACCCCGUCAAAGUGCCCGUACCACAGCCGUACGAGGUCAUCAAACACGUGCCAGUUCACGUGAAAGAGUACGUCAAAGUCCCCGUCCAUGUACCAGCCCCCUACCCAGUUGAGAAGAAGGUACCUUACCCCGUCCACGUUCCCGUCGACAGGCCUUACCCCGUGAAGGUCCUUGUCCCUCAACCCUACCCUGUUGAAAAACACAUCCCCUACCCCGUCAAGGUGCCAGUGCCCCAACCUUACCCCGUGGAGAAACACGUGCCAUACCCAGUCGAAGUUAAGGUUCCCGUUCCCCAGCCUUACCCGGUAGUCAAACACGUUGGUGUCCCCGUAAAAGUCCCCGUUGACAGGCCUUACCCCGUACACGUACCUGCUCCUUACCCCGUUGAGAAGCCCGUCCCAGUUGCUGUCCCAGUUGAGAAACCAGUGCCAGUGCCCGUACAUGUGCCAGUCGACAGGCCCUACCCCGUCAAUGUAGACAGGCCUUACCCCGUCCCAGUUAAGGUGCCCGUUCCAGAGCCCUACCCAGUCUACAAGCACGUUCCCUACGCGGUAGAGAAGCCAGUGCCUUACCCCGUGAAGGUGCCCGUCGACAGGCCCUACCCCGUGCACAUUGAGAAGCACAUCCCAGUCGCAGUCGAGAAGCCUUACCCCGUCCCAGUCAAGGUCCCAGUCCUCGUCAGUGAGCACGACCACGAUCACUCCAGCCACUUGAGUUUCGGAGGAUCUUACUACAGCCAUUAG